GGAGUCAUUGUCAGGUGUUCUUUCCUUCAGGUGGCAGCCAGCCGGCGCCGAGCGCUGACGGCGCCUUUCCACUUGAGCUUCCUCUCUUCUCAUCCGGGGCCGCUUGUCCGCCCGUUUCCUGCGCGUGAGGAUCGACGCGCCGGAUUUCGCCGCCGAGCCCGCCUGACGCGCCUCGGCAUCUCCCGCCGCCGUCAUCAUGGUGCUGUCACAGAGACAAAGAGACGAACUAAACCGAGCCGUCGCCGACUAUCUGCGCUCCAGCGGAUGCGACGGCGCCUACUGCACCUUCAAGAAGGAGGCCGACUUGGACAUGAAUGAAGACGUGGACAAUAAGUACGCCGGGCUCCUGGAAAAGAAGUGGACGUCGGUCAUCCGGUUGCAGAAGGAGGUGAUGGAGUUGGAGUCCAAGCUGAACGAAGCCAAGGAGGAGAUGACGCGGCACGGCGGGCCCGCCGCCCGCAAGAGGGACCCCAAAGAGUGGAUCCCUCGCCCCCCGGAGCGCUACGCCCUCAGCGGCCACCGCGCUCCCGUCACCCGGGUCGUCUUCCAUCCCGUCCUCUCCGUCAUGGUCACGUCCUCCGAGGACGCCACCAUCAAGGUGUGGGACUACGAGGCGGGGGACUUUGAGCGCACGCUCAAGGGCCACACGGACUCGGUGCAGGACGUCUCCUUCGACCAGACGGGCAAGCUGCUGGCUUCGUGUUCGGCCGACAUGACCGUCAAACUUUGGGACUUCCAAGGCUUCGAGUGCAUCAGGACCAUGCACGGCCACGACCACAACGUCUCGUCCGUCGCCAUCAUGCCCAACGCCGACCACAUCGUGUCGGCGUCGCGAGACAAGACCAUCAAAAUGUGGGAGGUGGCCACCGGGUACUGCGUGAAGACCUUCGCGGGCCACCGGGAGUGGGUGCGCAUGGUGCGGCCCAACCCGGACGGCUCGCUGAUCGCCAGCUGCUCCAACGACCAGACGGUGCGCGUGUGGGCCGUCCUGUCCAAAGAGUGCAAGGCGGAGCUGCGCGAGCACGAGCACGCGGCGGAUACAGCACCCCCGCCCCCCCCCCACACUACGACGCAUCCUUACUUGUUUGGUUUAUCAUUGAGUGGGAUGGCGAUUUCUCGAAUUGGAAUAGAUUUCUUUUUGGAUCGCGGGCUUUGUCGGUCUCGCCUUCAUGCCAGAGACAACGACGGAGCGCUCGGCCUUCAAACGCCUUUGCAAAGUGCCUUUGACAACCCGCUUGCUGUUGUUGUUGUCGGCGCGGCGCAGGUGGGCCACGAUAACUGGGUGCGCGGCGUGCUGGUCCACCCCGGCGGCGGCUUCAUCCUCAGCUGCGCCGACGACAAGACUCUGCGGGUUUGGGACUACAAGAACAAACGCUGCGCCAAGACGCUCAGCGCUCACGAGCACUUUGUCACCUCUCUGGAUUUCCACAAGAGCGCCCCCUACGUGGCGACGGGCAGCGUGGACCAGACGGUCAAAGUGUGGCAGUGUCGUUGAGUGCGCUUCCCGGCGCCCUCCCGCAGCCAGCGACCCCCCCCACGACCCCCCUUCCCGCGCCCCAAAAUGACUCUUGCCCUUCAUUGUAAAUGAUUUGCCGACGGGAGUCUGCGCGGCGACCGCUCCCGCUCAUCCUUGCGUGGCCGAUCAUUUCCUGCUUUGCGUAGGCCACGCCCCCUCCGCAGUCUCGCACAAGCCAACGGGAAGUGCCAAAUGAUUGACGGCUUGGCCCUACGGGUGCGAGGGCCUCUCUGAAUGUUUGUGUGUGAGAGAAGUGGAGUGAGUAACUCAUUGAAAGGUGUGUGUGUGUGUGUGUGUCGCGUGAGUGACCGACGUGGGCGCUUGUGUUUGAGAGAACCCGCACAACUUUGAUGGCCCCCGCCGCCCCCUUGCGUGCUCAUCACUUUGCAGCUUGCGUGUCGUCAUCGUCCAGUACUCGCCGUCUGCCUCGUGGAGCUGCCAAGGCUGCUGCCUCUCACACACACAAUUUCCUGACCUUCUCACACACGCGCGCGCUAACAGUUGUGUAUCUGUCUUUGUGGAUGUGACGUUUUCAGGAUCAAGAAAAAUAAAAUGUAAAUAGCACCUUC